GGGAUCACCUAAGUGAACAGCUGUUGAGGAACACGUCAGGAGUUUGUCAGGAGUUUUCUUGCUAUGGCUGGAACAACGGCACUUUUGAUGUUGGAGAACUUCAUAGGGGGGAAAUUUUUGCCCUGUAGCUCAUAUAUAGACUCUUACGACCCAUCCACAGGGGAGGUGUACUGCCAAGUGCCAAACAGUGGGAAAGAAGAGGUAGAGGCUGCGGUGGAGGCCGCCAGAGCUGCAUUCCCCGGCUGGGCGAACCGCAGCCCGCAGGAGCGCUCGCAGGUGCUGCAACGGCUCGCGGACUUGCUGGAGCAGUCCCUGGAGGAGCUGGCUCAGGCCGAAUCCAAGGACCAAGGGAAAACCGUAGCGCUGGCAAGAGCCAUGGACAUUCCCCGGUCUGUUCAGAACUUGCGGUUCUUUGCCUCCUCCAUCCUGCACCACACGUCAGAGUGCACCCAGAUGGACAACGUGGGCUGUCUGCACUACACCGUGCGGACCCCCGUGGGGAUCGCUGGGCUGAUCAGUCCCUGGAACUUGCCGCUCUACUUGCUGACCUGGAAGAUCGCUCCGGCGAUCGCUGCCGGCAACACGGUGAUAGCCAAGCCCAGCGAGUUGACUUCAGUGACCGCGUGGAUGAUGUGCAAGCUCCUGGAGAAAGCAGGUGUGCCACCAGGUGUGGUCAACAUUGUGUUUGGAACAGGGGCCAAGGUGGGCGAGGCCCUGGUGUCCCACCCGGAGGUGCCCCUCAUCUCCUUUACCGGGAGCCAGCCCACCGCUGAGCGGAUCAUACAGCUGAGUGCUCCCCACUGCAAGAAGCUCUCCCUGGAGCUGGGGGGCAAGAACCCCGCCAUCAUCUUUGAGGAUGCCAACCUGGAAGAGUGUGUUCCCACCACCGUCAGGUCCAGCUUUGCCAACCAGGGUGAAAUCUGCCUCUGCACCAGCAGGAUCUUUGUCCAGAAGAGGAUCUAUAGUGAGUUUUUAAAGAGGUUUGUAGCAGCUACCAGAAUGUGGAAAGUCGGCAUUCCCUCCGACCCGUCGGCCAGCAUGGGCGCCCUGAUAAGUAAAACUCAUUUGGAGAAGGUCAGAAGUUACGUCGAGAGAGCUCGUGCGGAAGGGGCCCGCAUUCUGUGCGGUGAGGGAGUGGAUACAUUGAGUCUCCCCCUGGGGAAUCGGGGAGGCUAUUUUAUGCUUCCCACCGUGAUAACAGACAUUAAGGAUGAAUCAUGCUGCAUGAAGGAAGAGAUAUUUGGUCCAGUGACAUGUGUUGUCCCCUUUGAGAGUGAAGAGGAAGUGAUUGAAAGAGCCAACAGUGUUAAAUAUGGGCUGGCAGCGACAGUGUGGUCAAGCAACGUGGGGUGUGCCCAUCGGGUGGCUAAGAAGUUGCAGUCAGGCUUGGUCUGGACCAACUGCUGGCUCAUCAGAGAGCUGAACCUUCCUUUCGGGGGGAUGAAGGGUUCUGGAAUAGGCAGAGAGGGAGCCAAGGACUCUUAUGACUUCUUCACUGAAAUCAAAACGGUCACUGUUAAACACUGACCUUGGCCAGUGGAGAAUUGUCAUGGUCAAUGCCUGGCUACAGUCAGUGGUCCAAUGUAGCCAACGGAUAUACUGGCAUCAAUUCCAGCCAGGUCUCACCCCGGCAGGAGCUUCUCUCUAGCUUAUCCUCAGUAGUUAGCAUUUUUACCGCUGGUGAAGAGAUGUCUACUUUCAAGGUGAAGGCAAAGAAGAGAACACUUCUGCAGAGGAAGACACAAAAAGGAAGCCAAAGAGUUGUCAGGCUCCUCCUGUGCUGUGUCUUCACAGGGUUUUAAAAAAUCAUUUUGAUCGGAUUCUUGGAAAUUCACAGAUAAUCAGUCUUUUUUUCAUUUGUACAUGGAUGGUUAAAAAAAAUCUACAAAGCCAAAGAGAAACAAAUCACCAUAAUUUCCUACCUUUGGGGAGAUUGCCAAGAGGGUCUUUGUCCAUCAGCCAGCAGCAUGGCUAACUGUGAAUCGACUGCACCUCAUUAUGCAAUUGGACCGUGAAUGUCAAUGAUAAAUGCAGCAUGGAAUUUGCCAGAGACGGCAUGUAUGGUAACUCCCAAUUAAUAUACCUCUAGAAGCACAAAGAAAAAUAACAUAACUAUUACUUUUCGGAAAAAGCUUAGAACAAGAAGAGUCUGACCCAUUCCUCCUGUGGAGUCUCAUCAGUUCCAAUUCUUAGUGUGUACCCAAUGAGACCUACAAUUUACUAAUCCUAUGGAGAGUGAUAAAUGUGAAGCAAUUUUAGUAACCAGUAUGGCAUACCUUCUUUUGAAUUGCUCUUUCUUCUUCCUUCUCCUCAUGCUGUUAGAAGUAUGGACUUAUACUAAGUAAUAAAGGUAUUUCUAGUG